CAGAGUCUAUCAUUUUCUCUAAGGCCCAUUUCAAUUAUCAGUUUUUUUAGUUGAUGAUUAAAGAUAAGUUACAUUUUUCUUGUAAACACUCAAGAAUAUCACUGAUAAAGUCAUCGUUGUAGCUGCUAAAUUUUUAAAUUGCAGCUUAUCUUCAAAUUAUUGCCGCGAAAAUGGAGCCCGAUGAGAGGUUCAAAUCCUAAGGCUGUUCUUGCAACCCUGUUGAACAAAAGAGAAAAGCUUCAAGAAGAACUAAGAAAUGUUGAAAAACAAGUUUAUGAGCUAGAGACGAGUUAUUUGCAAGAAACGGGCACCUUUGGGAAUGCGUUAAAAGGCUUCGAAAGCUUUCUAUCAACAUCGAAUAAGAAUGCAAACCUCAAAAGGUCAAGAAAAUUUCAGCUUGAAGACAGGUUAUUCUCGUUAUCUUCAGUCACUUCACCAGCGGCGGAAGAGCUUGGACUUGGACGUGAAGAUGGAAGACCAGAUCCUACUCAAGGUCGAAUGAGGGCUGGAGGUUUUGCAAAUAACGGACAGGGUAAGCCGAAGAAGGGAAGAGCAGGACCACGAGAUGGAAAGAAGUUCCGAAUAUCAAACGACUUGGAUCUUGAUGAUGACGAUGAUCCAGAUUCAAGCUUGAGAUAGCUAUUACUAACUUUAUUUGAAAAACUUUGUGCUGUAGUUUGUUGUACUAUAGUGUUGUAUCAUCACGUGGUUAAAUAAAAUCCUACACAACUAUAUAUGCAGUUGAUUAGUUUCGAGCUCACUAGAUUAGCUUUAGCAGUGGUUGUGGAUGUGCCCAAGAACUUCCGUAAACAGAGUAGUUGCUCUGAUUUAAUUUGUACAGUAAUAUAAUUUGACAAAUAACACAGGGUUUCAACUGUUUUUAUUCUUUGAAUUCGUCAUUAUUACUAUAAGAUGCUGGAUUGCUUCA